AUGUUUUUCCUAUCUGCCAAAAAUAGCAAGGAAUACCGCCUUGAAGGGCACCUUGUCGGACACAAGAACACGAUCAAUUGCUUGACUGUCUCAAGCAAUGGCAGUCUGUUGGCAAGUGGUGUAGGCUUGGACGGGAUGAGGAUUUGGGACCUCAAAUGGCAACUUCAGCUCCCAUCUCCGUGUCAAAACGUAGGCCUUCACAAUCCAGCCGAUCCCGUGACAUGUGCAUCCUGGAUCACCCGCCAAGAGGUGACACGAAAGACAUUGUGUUAUGGCACAGGACUGGGAUUCAUUGGUAUUUGGCAACAGCAGGGCGAAGGCAUGGAGGACUUUGACACCAAAGUGUCAAGAAGAAUCAGCACAGGUAAAGAGAUCAUGUGCCUUACCUAUGAUCAUGCUGAGGACGACACUUGUAUUGCUACUGGGACACAGGACAAAUGUGUUCAAGUUUGGUCAUUUGACUUCAAAGGACCAUUAAUUCCAAUCUUCAGCAUUGAGCUCUCUACCACAAUUCCGCGCACAAUACACUUCAAUUGCACUGCAAGUCAAAACUUAUUAGUCUUCGGAAUGUAUGAUGGAGAGGUACAUGCUCUUCGGGGCACAGAUGGAGUUAUUAUUGCCAUGAACAAUGCUGGACCCAUGAUCGGGCACACUUCCAUGGACGUCGCCCAAACACUGUUCCUCAUCGACAACGUGAUGAAUGGAUUUAGCUUGCACCGAUUGGACGAUGCAGUGUGCAUCCGAACCUACAAUACUAACCCAGUCAAAACAUUUCCGAAACAAUUAGUGUUCGGCGAAAAGACUGACGUGGUGGUCGGUGGCAGCGACACAGGUGUUAUAUACGUUUUCAACAAGAAUGAAGGAACCCUCAAGCAAGUGUUGAGGCAUGCCAACAAGGCGAGAGUACAGACUGUUACAGUGUGGUAUUUUUAUCGAGUUAGAGUAGGGUUGGCUAUCGCGAUAGCUCUGCUCACAUAUGUUAGCCAUGUCGUAAGUCAUAAGUUAUCAUUCGUCCGCAGUGUGACGACUUACCCUGAUUGCAGUGUGUUACAAUGA